AUGAUGAGGAUGCGGGGUGCUAAUUGGGGUAGGAAAUACAAAGUCCAGAAUUACCAAAAUGGCCAUGCCUACCUUACCUCUCACAGAGUAUGCUAUGUGGCAGCUGAGGACCCGCGCAUAUACUCGGUGGCUAUCGAUCUGAAGGAGCUUGAUCGAGUCGAAUCACAGGCUGGAUUCCUCAAAUCAUCACCCAAACUCACAAUAUACCCAAAGCCCCAAAAGAAAAAGCCCGAGAACCCGAGGAGUGCAACGGCCAGCCCGGCGGUCUCUCACCAAUUGUCACUUCACUCGACCGAGUCAUUGGCCCACUCUUCACAACCGAAUCUACCUCAGACAUCGGCAUCUCCAAAGCCCAUCAAUGCAACCUGGAUUUGCCCAAUAUGUACAUUCUCGAACCCUGUGCCUUCGAAUUUCGAUCCUGCGACAGCCAGCGCAGCUACACACCUGCCUCCCUGUCUAGCAUGUGGCAUCAAGCCUCCAUUCACGACAGUUCUGAAGGCAGCUAUAAGCGCAGCAACAAGCCGUGAACCCCCUUUGCCAACCUCCGCCCCAUCCCCAGCCCAAGCGCAAGAUAUUGUACAAUCGAAUAGCAGCUGGUCCGUUGGACCGGGAGGAUCAACCCCUUGUCCACGCUGUACCUUUGUGAACCACCCAUCUUUGGCCGAGUGUGAGAUAUGCGGAGCGCCAUUGGCUGGUGGGUCUUCAGGCAGCGCCAAUCGCGUAGACUCCCCCGCGCCACUAUUCGAGCAAUCCCAUAUUGCCAAUACGGAAGUCAGUGAAAGCAUCAAGCUCUCCUUCCGAGCAGGUGGUGAUAAGACUUUCUAUGAAAGACUCAAAGGUGCGCUUGUUCAGAGAAAAUGGCUUCUGCAAAAUGCGCCGCCUGUCCCUUCGCCAUCUCAAGCCAGUUCCUCGCCUGGCUUAUCUUCUGCUGUUAGCGUUGAAAGCCCUCAGCCUUCAGUCCAGCGGCCUGCUGGUGUUGGUAUUGCAGGAUUGGAACGACGAGGACUUGAAGCGAGGAAAAAGAAUGAACUAGUCAUAGGCAACUCCUUUGAAGACUUGGAGGCCUUGAUGGCCUCAGCGAAGCAAAUUGUUGCUCUUGCUGAGACUUUGGCCCGAGAAUCUGGAAUGACUACGAGCGAAGGCUCGGCUGAAGCUAGCGCUGUGCUCUCCGAGUCUGCAGCAGCAUUGGGAAUGGUAACUACUAAAGACAUGCUCAGCUCAGGCUCAGAAACCCUCUACCUGUCAGAGCUGGCGAGAGACCUAGCAGAGUUUCUCACAGACGAUCGAAAGGGUAUUCUGCAGCGCGAAGGCGGCAUAAUGAGCCUUAUAGAUCUCUGGGCAGUAUUCAACCGGUCCCGCAACGGUGUCGAGCUAGCCAGCCCUUCGGAUUUUCAAAAAGCAGCUGAGUUAUGGGAAAAGCUCAAACUGCCUGUUCGCCUGAGGCGUUUCAAAAGUGGGCUUCUCGUAGUUCAGCGAUACGAUUGGAGUGACGAGAAGACCAUUGGAAAACUACAAGAUUGGAUAGGAGAGCUCCGACGUGUUCCUCCUGAUGACCCUGUUCCCUGGGAUUGGUCUCUCUUUGGUCAAGCUAUCACGGCACAGGAAGCUGCUCAUCGAUUUAAGUGGAGCGUUGGAGUUGCCGCUGAAGAGCUGGAGAUGGCUGAAGACAGGGGUGUUCUCUGCCGUGAAGAGGGAAUUGAGGGUCUUCGCUUCUGGUACAACUAUAUGUCGUUGUCCCCAGAUUCUGACGAUUUCUCACGCCUUACUAUUUGA